CCGGAGGGACCAAGACGAGGAUUGGGACCGGCGGCCGUCUCUCCCUCAAGGCGCGGUGCCUUAUGUCGUGGUAGCGCAGGGUAAAGUUUCUGGGAAGCGUUACGCCCCAUAAACGGUAUAAAUUGACGAGUUUGGCUGCUGGCGGGCCGCUGUGUACCAGCUAGGCAGAUCUUUACUCGGAGCUGGCGGUGUCGGCUGAGAUCAAAGCCGUCUCUCCGUCAGCGGCCGUUUCCCUCCAAACUUUUCAAAGAAUGAUGUGGAACGGUAUCCCUUUUACUCCAUUCUCCUGGAAUUCACAGCGCCCUUUAUUUACAUCCUACUUCAGAUUAUUCCAAACAUCCAAGAGGCAAUGGCAGGAAAUUGACAUGGGCAAACGACAAAUACGGAACUUGCUGAACUGCAAGUCUACAAUACAAUCUGUCAAUAAAGUUCCAGAUAACAUGAUACAUUCUUCACCUAUGCAUUUUAACAUAAAACAUAAGCAUCAGUAUAUGAGAAAUUUUCCACUAUUAGAGGGUGAAAUUCCUUCACUGUAUAGACAUAUAUUUGAAGGAAAUGCAAGGAAUAGUGAGACAUGUAUUCAAAGGUAUUCAGAGCUGCAUGAGAAGGUCAGCAAAGGCAGAACAAAAAAUGCAAUAUUGAUUCACACUCAGAGGAAAAAGAAAUUGCUAGUUCAUGAACGCUUGAAAUUGCUUCUUGAUGAUGAAACUUUUCUUGAGCUUUCCCCUCUUGCAGGGCUUGAUAUGCCAUAUGGUGAUGUUCCUGCUGCAGGAUGUAUCACUGGAAUUGGAAGAAUAUCUGGAAUCUGGUGUGUUUUCAUAGCAAAUGAUGCAGUAAUAAAAGGUGGAACCAUUUAUCCUAUUACACUGAAGAAACUACUACGAUCUCAAGAAAUAGCAAUUAAAAAUAAACUUCCACUUGUCUACCUGGUAGACAGUGGGGGAGCAUUCUUGCCACUUCAGGCAGAGCUGUUUGCUGACCAGUUCCAUGGAGGCCGAAUUUUCUAUAACCAGGCUGUAAUGUCUGCACUGAAAAUCCCUCAGGUGUCAGUUGUAUGUGGCUCCUGUACUGCUGGAGGUGCUUAUAUUCCUGUGAUGGCAGAAGAAACGGCCAUUGUAGAUAAAAUUGGGACAGUGUUUCUUGCUGGCCCCCCUUUAGUUAAAGCAGCCACAGGAGAAGACACUCAUCCUGAGGAACUAGGAGGAGCCAGUCUGCAUGCUGAAGUCAGUGGUUGUGUUGAUCAUUUUGCAACUUCUGAAAAAGAUGCAUAUGAAUGUAUUAGAAAUGCUAUUUCAACACUGAAUUACGUCAUUCCUAUAGAAGAGAGUCUAGAAUUUGAUAAUCCCUUGUACAGUGAUGAUGACCUCCUAGGACUUGCACCACAAGAUUACAGUUACACGCUACAUAUAAAAUUGAUUCUGAGUCGAAUAAUAGAUGGCAGCAGAUUCCAAGAAUUCAAAGCUAAUUAUGGAAUAACUUUGGUAACAGGAUUUGCCUACAUAGAAGGACAGCUAGUUGGAAUAGUGGCUAACAAUGGUGAGCUGACACAGAAUGCUUCUCUAAAAGGUUGCCAUUUCAUACAGCUCUGUAGCCAACGAAACAUUCCUAUCCUGUUUCUCAUGAAUACUGCUCCCUAUACUGCAGAGCCAACCAAUCUCACGCAGGCAGAAGAUCAAGCUAAUCGGUUAAGGGCACAGGCCUCCAUGAUGGCUGCAGUUGCCUGUGUCCCUGUACCAAAGAUAACAGUUGUGAUUGGUGGCUGUUUAGGAGGUGAAAGUUACGCUAUGUGUGGAAGAGCGUUUGAUCCAAACUUCCUGUUCGUUUGGCCAAAUGCAAGAAUUUCCCUUGUGGACUCAAGACAUAGCUUCACAUUCACACAGAUGUGGAACAGUGACAAUUCAGAACCAGAAAUAGAUGUAAAAUUAUUAAAAGGAAAGCUGCAAAAAGAAAGUAGUGCAUUUUACUCUUCUGCCAGGAUCUGGGAUGAUGGAGUAAUCCUGCCCCAGAGUUCAAGGAAGGUUAUUGGGCAAUGCUUAAGAAUUAUUAAGCAACAAAGAUACCAGAUAGUGUCCUUGCAACAGUCUCCUCUUCCUGUGAUAAGAAUGUAAAAGUACAGAUGCUCUCAAGUCAACCUUGACUCCUGUGACCUCAGUGACAUGUCCAUAUGUGUUUUUGGCAACAAUAUUUGCCAAAAACACUGCCUUCUUUCAAGAUGUAUUUUUUACUUCUCACUGUAACUCUGUUAGGACGCUAUUAUAUAGCAUUCAUAAAACCACGAAUUAAGGUUUUUUUUAAAGUCUCCAAGAUUUAAAACCGCUUACACUAAAUAUUUUCAACUUUGAAAAAAAUCCAAAAAUGCCAAAGACCAGCAUUCAGCAACUCAGCCCCACAAUAGAUUAACCAGUCAAGUUCAAGGUGUAUCUUCCAGAAGUAGAGCAAUACAUUUUUUAAGGAGAUCUUCUCACAUCCUUUAGCCAACUGAUGUAAAAACCCUGCUUCUAGCUGUAAAGGUUUUAACUUCCCAGAGUUCAUACAGAAUAUAUUCUGAAUAUAUAGAUAUUUAAAUCUGAAGAUAGGGACAGUACAGUCAAAGAUAUGGAGGGGCUGUGAAUGUUUUUAAAAAAUAGAUAUUCACAUUUUAUAUAGUGCUUAUUAGACAAAUCAUUUGUAAAACAAAGAUGUUUAACUUAUCAAGGAGAUCAAACUCAGUAGCAUUUUCCCUGAUAAGUGGCAAAAAUGCUAAUUAUUUCAUUCUAAUUUUUAAAAAAAUCAUAAAUCAUCUUCAAAUAUUAAAAUAUAAGCAAAGAUAGAAAUCUCAGGUUGUUUCCAAACCAAUUAUUUGUUAAAUACCUAUUUCUCAUUGCUCACUACUUAAUCUACCAGAGGUCAAGGUUAUUUGUUGUGUUUCUCCCAUGUUCCAUCACCAAACAAUUUUAAAUUUUAAAUAUUCAUCUGAAGUUUACUGAGAGUAUAAUGCUGAUGCUGUUCAUCAGCAUCUGCUAACAACUUUUGCUUACCCAUAUUUUAUUUAUGGUACAUUAUAGUCACAAAAGCUUUCUUAAAAAUGGACACUUCCUUAAGUAUUAAAAUAUUUAAAUUGGGCCUCAGUGUAGGAAGUUCUUAAUAUUAAACUAAUUUUGCAAAUCACUGGCAGAUAAUUAGAAGAAUGCUUUAUGUUGUUUUGUACACAUUGCAUUAAAAAGAAAGAUAAGUGUAUUAAAUACAGACAUCAUGCUCUUUUGAAGAGACCAUGGAAAGUAACUGGUAUAUUUAUGUCCACUUCUGCCCUGGCAACUUCACUCAUAUUCUUUGCAUUCAAGAUUAAAAGGUAGGCAGGUUUUGGUCCACUGCCAGGGCUGAUGACUAUGCUCAGGACAAUACCUGUACCAAAAAUAAAUACAAAUUACCUAAGCGAAGAAGCUCAAAAGCUUUAGAGAAAUAGUCGAUUUGUUUAAAUACAUCUGAAAAUACAGUGAAUCAGGACCAUAAUCAUUUUUCCAUUAUUCCACCAGGGAGUAUUUGGUGAGUAUAAACCAAGUUAAUUGACAGUCCUUUUCAUAUUUAUAGAGCCAAAUUUGGAUAGAGGAUUUUUCUAAACUUCAAUAAAAAUGUCAUAACUUUACCAUCAUCCUCUUCCAUUGCUUCUGGGUGAGAAACAAAGAUUGGUUCAGAGGGAUAUGCAUCUGGUUCUUGCCACACCCAUGUCUCUCUAGUUUCAACAUUCAUUUUGCAAAGCUGGAAAAAGGUAAAGAUUUUCAUUAAAAAAAAAUUGCAUUAGCCUGUAAAGUCUGGUAAAACAGUCAAAUGUGCCACUGCUAAGAUACGCAACGUGUUCGGACCUCUAAACCUAAACCUUCCAAUCUUCCAAUGGCAAUUUUGAGUGUUUUAAACAUAAAACAAGAGAUUUGUUAAGAGGUCAAAACAAAAUGUGGAUCUUUUAAGUGAUGGCAUUUCAGGUCUUCCAAGCACUGAUUGGGCUGUUGUUUUCUGGCUUAUGAUUGGGUUGAGUUUUUUCAAAAAUUUUCAGAGUAGCUGGAACAGUAGCAAAUUCUAGUCAUGUUCCUGCUAUUAUUGAUUUAGAAUUGAUGAGAUGAAUGGGAGUGGAGUGUUGAGAGGAAAGAAACAGUUAAGCAUAUAGUCAAAGAGAAGACCAUUCAGAGCUGUAUAUCUGCCAACAUGCUUGAUAAAUUAGUUUUUUAAAACAAACUUGCUGUGGGGAAGUUAGGAUUUAUGUGGAUAGAUGUGUAGGUUGCAUAUUUUGUGAUUUAUUCUAUACGCAGGUAAUGCAAAGGUAUGUGUGCACAUACAUUAUUAUACUUUACAUAUGUGUUGAUAAUCCUGCUAAGAUUGGUUUGUUCAGCUUUGGUCUGCUGUGCAUUUUCUUGUGUCUUGCUGUUAAAGUGCAUUUAAAUGAACUGCAUUUAAAAAUGUAAAAAUUAAAGCUUAACUCUGACAGACCAUUCAGACCAUGAACAGCCAGCCCCUUGUGGGUUGUUUGAUCUGAGAUGAUGGUCAAUUUCUCUAAGCAUUGUUUUUGUAUUGUGUUGUAUGUAAAACAAAAUACUGUUGUAUUUUAAAAUUUAAAUUUUGUAUAUUGUGUGUCACCCUGAGUCACAGUGGAGUUGGGCAGCUUAUGAACUAAACUGAACUGAACUGAACUGAAAUGAACUGAACUGAACUGAAAUGAAGUAUAGGAUGGAACCACAACAAUAUAAUAAAAUGAUUGGGAGUUGUCAUUUUGAUUUGAUCACCCUAUGUCAUGAGUAAGAAUGGCGAGCAGGGGGCUCCCAUCCAGACUGUCAAGCGCAUGCGUAGCACUGAUGAAUUGUUCAGCCAUUCAAAGAGACACAGAUCGGGACCGCCUUAACCUUUGGGGUUUAUAUGUCUGGGUUUUCCCACGCUUCUUCAGUUUGUUAGGAUUCCUGUUAUGUACAAGCAAUAAAACAUUAGAGACCAGUUCCUUGUCUCAGCGUGGUUCCUGGCUGUUAGGACACCCUAUAUUGAACGUGAAAAUUCAGCCUUACACAAGUCUCAUAAUCUUUUGUAGAAUAGCAUAACUGAAUAUAUAUUAUUUUAGUGUCUAAAAGAAUAAGUACUGUACUUUGUACCAGAUUUGGCCCAGUACACAAAACAGACAGGUUAGAAUUGGCUAGAUGUUUAAGGCUAUUUGGUUUUGUACAGCAUGCUCAGAGAUGAAUUCUAAUUCAAGUCUCAGAAAGCAUAAAGUGUUCUUUUCAAAGCAUGAAACAUUUGCAUUUGUUCAUUUGGGCAAAUACAUUGUAUUUUCUUGAUAGUUUGAGUGCGGGCUGGGCUGGGCUGGGCUGGGCUGGGCUGAGCAGUGCAGUGGUCUGUUUAAAUGGAAGUCUAUUGAAGAGCAAGGCUUUAUGUGAAACUCAACCUCUUCACAUUGUGGUAGCUAUACCCAAAUGCCUCUUUAAGGAUAAAGUUGUUGGAGCUGGGACUGCUGCCAAUAUACCGUGACCUUGGAAGAAAGCUUUGUUGCACAGUUGCUAUCUAUGGGCUUCACAGGUGUGUGUGUUUUUUUCCUAUAAUAAAUACAGGCAUCCAAAGUUGUUUUUGCAAAGUAUGUAUGACUCCCUCAGCACCCUAUGGAAAAUGGAGCAUUCCCUCUCUCCAACAUUUUUUCCUGUUAAACUGGAAUUGGACUUAAAACUAAGUCCAGCAGGAACCUGAAUAGGAAAAAGAGCUGUCAAAGUUGAUGCACUCAGCUUUGCUAUAUUGUAUAUUCCUAUCAGUGCUGGCAUGAGCCAUGUGAAAGAAUUUGGAUUUGUACUUUUCUUUGCCUUUUUGCAAAAACAAAUCUAGUCUAUUAAUAUGUAAUACUUACUCUGUCUGGAACAAAAUGAUUCAAUCCAAGACCAUAUACGUAUGCAUAAGGUUUCCCAGAAUAUUUUGCAUAGUUUAUUUGUGGAAACUCAAAAGCUAUAAAGCAAAACAAACACAUUUAGUUGGUUCCUUGUAUUUGCUAGGAUGUUCUUGUUGCUUUUUGCUAAGAUUAGUCUUACCUUGUCGUGGCCCUGAAAAAAUAACUUCUGGAUCCAGCCAGAUGGUAUCAUCACUGUGCAGAAUUGCUGUUGCUGUUGUAUUAGGCAACGUGAUUAGAUUUUUUCCUGUAUCGGCCUAGAACCCCCCCCCAAAAAGAAAGUAAGAAAAAACAUCCAUUCUAUACUGUACGACAUUUUUCAACAUUCCACCUAUUCCACCAAUGUAAGUAAAAGACAGAUCUCAGAUUUUUUUUUUAAGUCUGGAUUUUAAGAAGGGAAACUGAAAUGCUCUUUCAAUAGUGUUCUCUCAAAACAUCCUUUGUUAUUAUUUCCGUAUAACUAAAUGCCUCUUGUUCUUUGGGAAGAUCUAAAAUGUUGCACUUGAAGAUAAUGUUGCAAAUAAGUAUAACAUCUGAACAUUAUCUCACCCCCAACCAGCCCAAUGUACAUUGCAUUCUCCAUGAAGUCUUUGCUAGUGAAUGUGUGUACACAUUACAUGAGCAAAAUAUUGGUCUUCUUUCAAAUAUAUAAUAUUUAACUCUUACCUUCUCAAUAUUUAGGGGAAGGACAUACCGCCGAACUUCAGGUUGAGGAGCUUUCUGUGCAUUUUUCUUCACUUCUUCCCAGUUUUCUCGUAAAUUGGCUAAGUAUAAGUAAUUGUAAACAAAUUCAUAUCUAUAGAGGAAUAAAAGGCAUCAGCUUCUAAAUGAAUAGGUCAUGGGAACUAACUUAACAGUUACCUAUUUGACUAUGACAGAAUAAAUAAGACUGAUUAAUGAAAUUUCCUUAAAAGUUCUGGGCCACUGAAAUGCAUUUGCCAAAAAAUUAUGCAAGUGAUCAAUCUAUGUAAAUUUAUAUUUUUCCACAGUGAAUAACACUGAUAUAUAAACAAAAUAAAAAUGUAACUUCAAGUACAUUAAUAAAACAACUAGCACUAUCCAAGUCAGGGACCUUUUCAAUAUCCAUGGGCAUCUCAUGAAAAGUCACAUAAAUUUAUUUGGUUGAAUUCUUUGUCAGCACAGCGUUAUUCCAUGUAUGCUGACACAUGGUCUACUUUGUUUCUCACCCUUAAAAAGAAAAACUGACCUUUAACAAAUGUCACUUGUACUAUUAAGAAUAAAUUUUAGCUUGUAUUCAGACAGACUUCCAUACUAUAGUUGGAAAAGGCAGACGGACACUCACUAGUCCUGUAUUCAUGUGCUUCCUUUGUUUUUUCCUCUGUGUGUGCAACUAAAUGAAUUACCUCUUGGCUUUAUUGUGUUACUAAUUACUAAUUUGAACAGAAUAAUAAACUAAUAUGAUUAUCCCUGAAAGCUGUCUCAUACUGCAGAUACGUGAAGAUAAGAUAGUUGAAAACAGAUGAGCGCAUAGAAUUCAUUCACAAGCCAGUCUUCUGAACCUAACAUUCUUCAGAUAUAUCCUCAGCCUUUGCCAGGAGAUUAUGAGACUUGGAGUCCAAUAAUUAGGUUAGGAAGAUUGCUCCAAAUUAUAGUUGAAUGUUUUUCUAUAUAUGUAGGUUUUACAGUACCUACCCUUUCCAUGUACAUAAAUCCACAACAAGAAAUCCAUUAUCUUCGUAAGUGUUAAUAUGAUGAAAAAGGUUAAAAGGUGAAGUUCUAUAUUUGAUGUUGAGGUACUUCCCUUUUUUCUUGUCAGCUACAUGCAUCCAUACCUACAAAAAGUUAAUAUUAAACUUUGUGAAAUAAUAAAAAUAUUCCUUUUUUGUGUGUCAUUGUGUGUGUACACACAGACAGAUUGAUAGGCAAAGGGACUAAUAAAUUAAAGAACACUUACCCCCAUCUUUUCAUUUGACUCAAAACAGUCCAUGUAGUUGGCUCCCCAAAGACUCCAGGAAGAAAGAAACUUGAACAAAUUAAUUUUCACUGGAGUUUCCACAAACACAAUGUAAUUUGGAGAUAGCCCAAAACUGUUCAGAAAAAUAGUUGAUUGUAUAUGAGAUGGCAAAGCAUUUUGCAUAUGUAAGUGACAUUCAAAAUUUAGCUAUACAUUUUUCCAAUGUCAAUAGUUUAUUUUCUUUCUUUUUGCUACUUGUUAGGCUUAAUGUGUCAAUGUCAAAUUUGAGCUCAGUAAACACUAUUACAUAUAUGUGACAAGAAUGCUUGGCUAGAAAUAGCUGUCUUCAGGUAUGCGUGGGUGGUGCGUCUGUGGAGCUGGGUGAUGUCCUGCCAGGGCUGGAGGGGUCUUCCCUCACCACAAAGGAGCAGGUUCACAGCUCAGAGGGGAACCUAGAUUCAUCAUUCAUCACUAGAGGUCCAGGUAGCCUCAGUGGCACAGAGUGCCUUUCAUCAGUUUCAGCUGAUUUAUAAACUGCAACCUUACCUCGACAGACAGCUUCACAAUAAUUAUUCAUGCUCUGGUAAUAAUAAUCCAAGUUGGAUUAUUGCAAAACACUGAACAUGGAGCUGCCUUUGAAAAUAGUCUGUACACUUCCAUUGAUUCAGACUAGAGCAGCUAGGCUUCUUACUGGAACUGGCCAAUACAAUUAUUUUAGGCCAGUACUUCACCAUAUACAAUGACUGCUGGUCCAUUUCUGUGCCAAAUUCAAAGUGCUGGCUUUGACCUUUAAAGCCCUAAACAGCUUAGGACCAGGUUACCUGAAGGAGCACCUUCUCCCUUAUUAUGUACCUGCCUCGACCUUCAGGUCAUCUAAUGAGGUCCUCCAAGUGAGGUGAGUCUCUACGAGGGAGAGAGCUCAACUGCUGUCCACGUUAGCAUCAUGUAGGUGCCAGGUAAAGACAUUUCUAUUUUCCCAGGCUAUUUUUUUUUAUUGUGUCUUAACUGGCUUGUAUUUUAAAAUUGUGUUUUAAGGCAUAUUGUUUGGUUUUUCAAUGACUGUCUUUUGCUCCUGCCCAGUUUAUGUGGAGUCUUGUAUUUUGUAUUUUGAUUUUAUUGUAUACAUUUUAACUUGAAUUGUACUUUUAGGGUGUUUUAUUGUAAACCAUCCAGAGAGCUUUGGCUAUUGGGCAGUUUUAAAACUUAAAUAAAUAAAUGAUAAAUAAAAGAAAUAAACAGUAUUUUAUAAAGUUA